GGAUGGUCAUCUGCUGAAUUUUUGGGGAAGGAUUUACUCGGUCAUCUCACCUAAUGGCGCUCCAGCGAGUUCACACUGGGGAGAAGCCGUUCAUCUGCUCAGUCUGUGGGAAGGGAUUCACUCAGUCAUCCAAACUAGAAAGUCAUCAGCGAGUUCACACUGGGGAGAAGCCGUUCACCUGCUCGGACUGUGGGAAGGGAUUCACUCACUCAUCCACCCUAGUGAGUCAUCAGCGAGUUCACACUGGGGAGAGGCCAUUCACCUGCUCGACUUGUGGGAAGAGAUUCACUCAGUCAUCCAACCUACAGAGACAUCAGCGAGUUCACUCCGGAGAGAGGCCGUUCAUCUGCUCAGACUGUGGGAAGAGAUUCACUCUUUCAUACAAACUGCAGAGUCAUCAACGAGUUCACACUGGGGAGAAGCCGUUCACCUGCUCAGUCUGUGGGAAGAGAUUCACUCAGUCAUCCAACCUACGGCGUCAUCAGCGAGUUCACACUGGGGAAAAGCCGUUCACCUGCUCAGAAUGUGGGAAGGGAUUCACUCACACAUCCCAUUUACAGAGACACCAGCGAGUUCACACUGGGGAGAGGUCAUUCACCUGCUCAGAAUGUGGAAAGGGAUUCACUCACACAUCCCAUCUACAGAGACACCAGCGAGUUCACACUGGGGAGAAGCCGUUCACCUGCUCCGUCUGUGGGAAGGGAUUCAAUCGGUCAUCCACCCUAAAGAUUCAUCAGCGUGUUCACACUGGAGAGAGGCCGUUCACCUGCUCAGAAUGUGGGAAGAGAUUCACUCUGUCAUGUAACCUGCAGACACAUCAGCGAGUUCACACAGGCGAGAAGCCAUUCACCUGCUCCGUCUGUGGGAAGAGAUUCAGUAAGUCAUCCAACUUACUGGUACAUCAUCGAGCUCACACUGGUGAGAAGCCGUUCACCUGCUCAUUCUGUGGGAAGAGAUUCACUGAGUCAUCCCGCCUACAGAAUCAUCAGCGAGUUCACACUGGGGAGAAGCCAUUCACCUGCUCAGUCUGUGGGAAGAGAUUCACUGAGUCAUCCCGCCUACAGAGUCAUCAGCGAGUUCACACUGGGGAGAGGACAUUCACCUGCUCGGAAUGUGGGAAGGGAUUCAUUCAGUCAUCCAGCCUUCAUAGUCAUCAGCGAGUUCACACAGGGGAGAGGCCGUUCAGCUGCUAAGAAUGUGCGAACGGAUACAUUCAGUCAUCCCAACUACUGGCACAUCAGUCAGUUCACAAUGGGGAGUGGAUGUUGUUAAGUAUCCCUAGGUAUCGUUUGCUGUGGACUGUUAUUUUAUAUGAGAGAGAGAGAGAAGAGAGGAGAGAGAGAGAGAGAGAGAGAGAGAGAGAGAGAGAGAGAGAGAGAGAGAGAGAGAGAGAGAGAGAGAGAGAGAGAGAGAGAGAGAGAGAGAGAGAGAGAGAGAGAGAGAGAGAGAGAGACUGAGACAGACUCGCAGCUUGUUUAAUAUUAACCGAGGACACAGACACUCAGAGCCAGACAGAAACGAAGGAGGAGAAAUGGAACAGUCAACACAAAGGAACUAGUGGCCAAGGGUCACUAUUUGUGACUUUCCUAUGCCCACAAGGGUGGGUUAAUUAUUGAUUCAACAUAAUGUACAUCGAAUGUGGGGUUGUCACCUCGUUUGAUCCAUAGGAGUGGAUCUGAUUGGGAUAUCCUGUGAAGACCACUGAUGUGUUAACCCUUGCCUGGGUGUGUUGUGGUAAUUCACUUGAAGACAGUACCCCUUUUGAUAAGUCAUUUUCGAAGAUAAUUUGUAUGUGGAUUUGGAACGACGGAUAAAAUCUACAGCAACUGUUCUCUCGCUUUACCACCGUGGAACCUGUGGAACAUAAUUGCCUUCUCUCGACAUUUAGCCUGGAUUACAAACAUCUCUCUCACAUCACCUAUUCCGUGAAUGAACUGAACUUUCAUACUUUACCAUCUCAGGACUCCCAGUCUCGAUUCCCCUAAUCUCAAUAGUUUGGGAGUUACAUUUACACACAUAUAUACACAUUACUCUGUGAACUUUUGUUUAUCUUGCUCAAGUUUCUAUAUAAUAAGUACAUACUAAUAAAGAG